AUGCCCUUCCCCUUCCAUCCCGAAGCCUUCGCCCUUCUGAUCGCCACCUUGGCAGAGGACCUUCCCGCCUACCGAUUUCUCCAGAACUUCGCCGCUCACCACCGUUUCCCCCCUCUCCCCGUAUUUGACACCUUGACUUACGCCGGCCCAAGGGGCGCCCACGCCUUUCAGCAUUUGGCUGCACGUCACACGUGCACUCCCGAAGGCCAUGUCGAUAGACGUCAGUUUCGGGCUGCGAACUUAGACUCCACUCGCUGGUUCCCAGACGACCUGCCCUUUAUGAAUCCUGUUUAUCCUGCUGGCCCUGUACAUAAUCCUGAUGUCCUGAACCAUCCUGCCAUCCUAAACUCUGACCUGAAGGUUAACUCUUCUAGCUCUCGCCGGUCAAACGGCGAUCCCUCUCGAGCGGCUCCUGGUCCUGUCUGUCUCCCUGUCAUUCACGAGCUAGUAGAACACCUGACCGCUCUCCGGGACGCCCGGAUCCUCCGUUGUCUUCUGGUCCAAAUCCUCGAAAAACGACACCACAUGCUUGAUGAUUCCCAAAACCAUCAUCGUCCACAUAGAGGGAGCCGACACAAUCAGGUCAUACAGUAUGAUGAAGAAGGGGCCCGUCCUAGUGUUGUGGGCAGCGAGGCCGGCGAUGAAGAAGAAGAGGAUGAAGCCAACAGGUAG